AUGGAGAAGUCGAAAAACUUUCGCAUUGACGCGCUUCUGGCUCAUGACGUAGAGCUCCGAGUGGACAGCGACGGAGGCUCCCCGGGACGGUACAGUACGAGCCCCAGCGGCAGUCCCGUGUCCCAGCGGGGCUCAGAGACGCCAUCUCCGCCCUCGCACCCACAGAACACCCGUCCACUUCAGCCCCGAAUCCUGUCAAAAGCACCGCUCAUCGGCCUGCCCCAGUCCGGCCUCUGUCACCUGCCACAGGGGGGAAUGUUAGGAGUGCACCCCGGCUCCAUGUACCCUCUGGCGGCUUUGGGAGGACAGCACCCCUUCUCUCUCUACCCCGGGUUUCCAGGGCUCGUGCACCCGUACGCGGAGCAUCUGAAAGGGGCGUCUCUAGCUGGAGGUGUCCCGCUGGAGCCGUGGAUCAGAGCGGGAAUGAUGAUGCCCAGAUUGGGAGAGUGCGGAGCACAGGCACAGGCAGGACUGUUGGGCAAAUGCAGACGACCCAGGACAGCCUUCACCAGUCAGCAGCUCUUAGAGUUAGAAAACCAGUUCAAACUCAACAAGUACCUGUCUCGUCCCAAACGCUUUGAGGUGGCCACGUCUCUCAUGCUCACAGAAACUCAGGUAAAGAUCUGGUUCCAGAAUAGACGCAUGAAGUGGAAGCGCAGCCGCAAAGCAAAGGAACAACAGGGAAAUCCACUGAAUGAUGAGAUCCACUGCUCCAAGACUCCAGGCGACUACCACAGCUCCAGUAUUGACGAUGAGGAGGACAUAGACGCAGAGGAUGAAGAAGGAAAAGAGGAACUACAAGCACUGAGGCCACCAUUCACUAGACACACGCCAGCAAACUACAGCUCCUAUUCAGAGGAAGAGGGGGAGGAGAGGGACCCAAGAACAAGGAAUGGUGUCUUUCCAUGA